UUAAGAAACUCUUUCAAAAUCAUUGUUUUUAGCUAAAAUGGCAUCUCAAGAAGAAGAAAUAAAAACAGCAAUAAAAGAUUCGCAAUCUGAAAUGGGCAAAGCAGUUAUAGGAGAAAGCGUGUCAGUGAAAGAUUUUACAAAGAAAGGUUUCUCUGAAAUUGUGGAAGCCACAAAAUGUAUUAACUCGUAUCCUCAAGGGGCUUCACGGGAUCUUUAUUGUGCUUAUCCCACUUUUGGUAGAAUUAUAGAUGAACAGUCGCAUCGUAUACUUGGUUUAAUAUCACAUGUUUUUAAAUGGCAAAACAUUCGUGGCAAUAUACAACGACGUCAACCGGACGACCAAUUUGAUAUGUUGUUAGAAUGUAAUGACGCUAUUUUUGAUAGGCUACAAUCGAAUUUAGAUGAAUUGGCGGGCAUAAAAAAGAACCCACAAACUGUGGUAGUGGAAUCGCGCAUUAAUAAUAUAACUCCAGUAAAGACAACAACAUGCAAAGGGGCAUGGAAUCUAAAAACCAAUGAUAUAAGGCCAUUGAUGUCAGCGCGUCUAAUUACGGCGAAAAAUAUUCCUCGGCCACAGGUGAAGUUUCAAAUUCCUGUAGAUAAUAAAGCAGACAAACCUUUCAUGCCCAGGAUAAAGGAUAAGCCGAACUCGUUAAAACCAUUAGCCAUAUUGCCCGAGUAUGAUGAAUCCGGGGACGUUGUCUGCUACUUGCAUCCUUACGAAUUUGAGCUAAUGAAGUUCGAAGUUCCGAGUGGACAGCUAAAGGCGAAGGAGUCUUGUCAAGUACCAAAAGACAUGAAAGACACCGAGUUAGUAUAUGUGGACACAGCGGAAAAGUUAAAAAAUGCCCUGCAAGAAUUAAGUCAGGCGAAUGAGUUGGCUGUCGAUGUCGAGCACCACAAUUAUCGUUCGUUCCUAGGUUUCACUUGUUUGGUGCAAAUCUCUACUAAAUUAAAGGAUUAUAUAUUUGAUGCCUUAGAACUAAGAGAUGAUAUGCAUAUUCUUAACGAAGUGUUAACUAAUCCAAAAAUAGUGAAAAUCUUCCAUGGUGCUGAUUUGGACAUAGAAUGGUUGCAGCGCGAUUUGUCCUUAUACAUAGUGAACAUGUUUGACACACAUCAAGCGGCGAAAGCGUUGAAUUAUGCACGGUUGUCGUUGGCUUUUUUAUUAAAAAUUUAUUGCGAUAUUGAAAUAGACAAGACAUUUCAAUUAGCCGAUUGGCGCAUACGCCCUUUGCCUGAUGAAUUAAUCGCUUACGCUCGACAAGAUACGCACUUCCUGAUUUAUGUGUAUGAACGGCUCACGAAUGAUUUAUUGAAGGCUGGUAACGAACAGCCUCAACUCUUGCGCGGCGUUUAUCAGCGCAGUACGGAAUUGUGUAAGAAACGUUACGUUAAGCCCGUCAUAACGCUGUCAUCACACCUUGAUAUGUACAGGAAAUCGAAAAAGCUAUUUGAUAAUCGUCAAUUACACGCAUUACGAGAGAUUUUCCAAUGGCGUGACGCAAUAGCUCGUCAGGAAGACGAAAGUUAUAAUUACGUCCUCCCGAACCACAUGAUGUUGCAAAUUGCAGAGAACUUACCGCGAGAAAUGCAAGGAAUAUUGUCUUGUUGCAAUCCAAUCCCACCGUUGGUUAAGCAGCAUCUAUAUCCAUUACAUCAGAUCAUAUUGAAGGCCAGAGAACAGCCUUUAGUAAAACCGAUAAUGGACACUGAGAUCACUCAUCGGACUGUCUCCAUAAAUGUAAAAGAUUACAAUAGCAAAUUGUAUUGCCCCCAUGAUCUGACGCACUUGGAAGAAAUUCAGGAUUUGCCAACACUGAUUAAUUUUAAAUCAGAUUCUGAGCAGCAAAUUAUCUCCGAUGAUGGAGAUCGGGUGACUCCAGUUCGUUUGAAGAAAGCUACUUUGCGUUUUUAUGAAAAGCCAACCAACUGCGAAGAGGAACGAUUAAUAAUGAAACGCAAGCGAAAGGAAAAAGAUUUGAUUUUGCAACCGUACUAUCGCUAUUUAGCCAUGUUGCCUAUCGUUGAGAAAGAAAAGUUGGACGAGGCUGCUCGCAUUGAAGCCGAAGAAAAAAAAAUUCAGUUAUGUCCGACAACGGUCGUAGAUAAUAGUGUGACUGAGGAAGAAGUAAUUAAGAACGAAGAAGAUGCGUUCCGCAUAUCAGUUAAAGAAAUGCUUAAACGAAAACGUGAGGAAAGCUCUAGUUCAAAAACUGCCGCUUCCGUCCAUUCGAAUGUGAAACGACCAAAAACUGGCCCACGAAACAAUCAGUUCUGUACAGAAAAGCGAUUAAAUGGUAGCGAGGAGGCACUAAAUAGGCCAGUAAAUGGUGACCGAAGUGCAAACGACAACGAUGUUAAUAACGACGACUUGAAUAUUUUGUCUGAAGAGGGACCUAGUUCGUCGCAGUCUCUUGUACAAGAGCAACAAAAAUCGAAUAAAAAAAAAUUAAAAAAUAAACAUAAAAGCAAUAAAUCAGGUCCAUCGUCUAAAAUAUAUCAAAGUUCAAAUAAGCCAAUUCAAAUAGAUUUCGAUUACAAUAAAGUCGAUUUUAACAAGUUUAAAGGCGGCGCGCAAAAAGCAAAACCUACGGAGUUCAAGCAACGAUUUCAUGGGAAGAAUAACGCUAACAAAUCACAAAACAAGAAAUUAAAUAAAUUGUUCACGUUCUCUCAAGGAAAAGUUCACCAUUCGAUCAGCAAGAGCACAUGCAAAAUAUUUAACGCGUAUAAUGAAUGAAUAGUUGCGCUCCUCAAUGCUCCUCACAUUCGAGGAAAUUAACGAAUUGUUUAGUGUUUUUCCUAAAACAAAAAAGUUAUCCGCGAAAACGUUAUAUUAAAAUAUAAAAUAUACAACAAUUGCAAGAAUUAAAA